AGACCCAGAAAGCUUUCAAUAAGGCCUAAAAGAUGCAGCCUAGUGAAGUCACAAGUCUCCAAUAUCUCAUCCCCUCCAAUUUAUCUCCAUAUGCUACUCACUUUCCCAUGGCUCAGAACAACUUAUCUACAAUGCAACUUAAUGAACUCUCCAAUCCUCUAUAUAACUUCCAAGGUUCUUCUCAGUUCCAAGAUUUUAAUCGACAUCCAUGCUUGAGUAGCAAUUCAACUUCUGAUGAAGCAGAUGAGCAACAGCAAAGCCUCAUUGACGAGAGGAAGCAGAGAAGGAUGGUAUCCAAUAGAGAGUCGGCACGCCGGUCACGUAUGCGCAAACAGAAGCAUUUGGACGAGCUUUGGUCUCAAGUGGUUUGGCUUCGGAAUGAGAACCAUCAGCUUAUAGAUAAGUUGAACCAAGUUUCAGACUGCCAUGACAAGGUUGUUCAAGAAAAUGCUCAACUCAAAGAGCAGACUUCUGAACUCCGUCAAAUGAUCACAGAACUACAGGUCAAUAAUCCUUACCCCAAAUUCAGAGAACUUGAAGAAAUCCCCCCCAACACACCAUCCGAGAGCUGAGUCUGCACCAAGAUAAGCCAGGGUGAGGAGGAAAUUUUUUCCAGUCCCUGUCUCCAUAUAUGGUUCUUCUGUCUUCAGUCUUUUCCUCCGGUCAGUCUGUAACAUCAUGCACGUAAAGAAGAACUGCAAUAACUACUAUUUGAGCAUUUUCGUUGAUUAAUGCUUAAUUGUGAUUUUAACUUUUGGCAUACAAAGCCAGCUUAGAUCUUCGGAGUUAGCUCCAUAUGGAAACACAGUGAAGGAUCCAUCGUAAUUUUAUUUCAAAUAUAGUUCUAAAAACUAAUGACAACAGGACAACAAAUUAUGGGCAAUGGUUCCUUGUCUCACCCCAACUUGGUAUUCUCUUCGAGUGGUGUGGAUGGUGAGAAGAGUGUUUAAUGAUAUUAAGAGGCUUUGGGAGGAUUAUCAGGAUAGUUUCAUUCAUUUGGCUUCCUCUUGAAACAGAUUUUCUAAAGAUUUUUGCAAC